AUCAAUACUGACAAAACAACUUGAAAAUGUGCAAGUGAGAUGAGAAUGGAACUGUAUUUUUCUGCAGCUGAGAAAACAGGAGUUCAUUUAAUUGUAAAAUUAUUAAUCACCCUUGUAGGAUACUAAGUGGGACUUCUGAAAUCAUUAUGUUAAACGGUUAGUUAAAUCCAGUGUUCAACAAUAGUGAACUUAACAUGGCUACAUUUUUUUGGUUUAACAGAAUUGUUUGAGAUUUUAACCCUCAAUUAAAUUUUUAUUUACCUGACAUUAAGCAGAGCACACUAAGUUAGUGUGAUCUUCCUCUAGAAAUAUGGAUUAUGUAACUUCUUAGUCAGCAUUCAGAACAGGAAUCUUAUUGUGUGGGUAUGUGAUUAGUAUAACUCAAUGUGUACUGAUGGGCAAAACCAAGAAGUUGUCCAUUUGAAGUUAUAGCUGAUAUCAAUUGUUAAGUGGUUCUAGAAAGAAAAAUCUUUACUGAGAAAUAGUUAUUAAUUAGAUUUUAGGUAAUCAGUGUUCUAGUGAAUUAUUAACUGAUAUCAUAACUCCUUCAUAUGUAAUUGUAGAAGUAUGACAUUUUCUAGCUCUGUCAUUUUGUUCUAUUUUGUCAUUAUAGAGCAGAGUCUGCAGACAGAUGGAAGGGUUCAACAAUUCCAGAGUGUCUAAAUUCAUGUUACUUGGACUUACUGACUCUCCUGAACUCCAGAUUUUCUUCUUUGUGAUGUUUUCCAUUUUCUAUUUGAUGACCAUGUUGGGCAACUGCCUGAUUUUGCUCACAGUCCUGUCCACCCUACAUCUUCACUCCCCCAUGUACUUCCUGCUCAGCAAUCUGUCUUUCAUUGACAUGUGCCUGUCAUCCUUUGCCACUCCAAAGAUGAUCAUGGACAUCUUUGCUCAGCAUAAGACCAUCUCCUUUGAAGGCUGCAUUUCUCAGAUCUUCUUUUUGCACCUCUUCACUGGGACUGAGAUUGUGCUGCUGAUCUCCAUGUCUUUUGACAGGUACAUUGCCAUAUGCAAACCUCUCCAUUAUUCAACAAUUAUGAGCCAAAAAGUAUGUGUUGGGCUUGUGGUAAUUUCUUGGACAGUGGGCUUCCUGCACACAAUAAGCCAGUUAGCUUUUAUCCUCUAUUUACCCUUCUGUGGUCCCAACGUUGUAGACAGUUUCUUCUGUGACCUUCCUUUGGUCAUCCGGCUGGCUUGUAUAGAUGUGUAUGUUCUCGGAAUCUUCAUGAUCUCAACCAGUGGUGUGAUUGCUCUUAUAAGUUUUCUACUUUUGCUCACUUCCUAUAUCAUUGUUCUUGUCACUAUCAAGGACCACCCCUCCACAGGAUCUUCUAAGGCUUUUUCUACCUGCACUGCACAUUUCAUAGUUGUGUUAAUGUUCUUUGGACCUUGCAUCUUCAUCUACGUCUGGCCUUUCACAAACUUUGAGGUGGACAAAGUUCUCUCUGUUUUCUACACCAUCUUUACCCCGUUUCUGAAUCCACUUAUCUAUACUUUGAGAAACCAGGAAGUGAAGACAGCUUUAAAGAAGAAACUAAGUAACCAAUAUUUAAAUCUUGGGAAAACUACUCCAAGCUAACCAUCACAAUGAAAGGAGAUCUCUUUUCUGAGAGUUAGUGUCAUCAGUUUUGUUCUUAGAGCAACAGAAAUUAAACUUAGAAUCUGCCUUUUAAGUCAUUUAGUCUAAAUUCGUGACAAAAGGAAGCCAGGGUUGAGAGAUGUGAAACAUCUUGACAAAAAAUUAGUGCAGUGUUUGCAAACCUUUUCAGAUUUUGGAUCCAUUUGAAAAUCUUUUGAAACGUAUAGGUUAUUUUCAAAGGAAAAUGCACAUAUCAUCAAAAUUGUGAACAUAAAUUCACGGCUUCAUAGACUCCUGAGUCCUAUAAACACACCUCAGAUUAAGACUGCUUAGAGAAGCCUGGGAUAAAAUAGCGUUCUCUUGUCUUCUUACACAGAACAUUCCCACUCAGCUGCACAGCCCUGUGGUAUUCUGAUGGUGUCCAGUUGUAGAACUUUAAUUAAGUGUGUUGGACAUAACAAGUUUUUUUUCCCCAUAGCAUUAGAAAUAUUUUCAUGGGAAUAUUGAUAUUUUGAAUAGAUUCUUUUGAAUAAUGAUGAACAAUCUUGAUUCAAUGGGUCCAAUUGUUUGAGUUCUGAGUCAUCUUUGAACAAAAUAGAACAGUUUAGAGGAUUUGAAAUUUAGCAGUAUGGUUUCUUAAUAGAUGUGCAAAUCACCAUCGCACUUGAUAAGUGAUACAGAAAAUAAUUAAUCAAAUGGCAAUUUGUAAAGUUUAAACCAGAGAAGGUAAAGUACUCACAUCUGAUUGGCUUCCAAAACCUGACUGAAUAUCAGAGAUAGGAUACAUUCAUUUAACACCAAGACUAAACAUUUGGAAAAUUAUUAACUAUUAA